AUGCAGCCAGUUGAUUUCAGAUUAUGGUUUUCUGCACCAAAUCAUAAAUAAUAUUAGAACUACAUUAUUAUGCUCAGCGAAAAUCUGUGCAUUGCGUUGUACAACGUUUUUCCUGUUCUUCAGGAUAAGCUUGCGAUCAUUCAUGUCAGCGACGAUCAAAUUUCCCAACUUUCGAUCCAGCUGGAACAGCUUCGGACAAUUCCGAUAAUCUACGAAACGGUUUUCCUAAAAAUAGACCGCUUAUUACGCCAUGAGACGGUUCCGAAAUUUUGGCGACACUUCCAGCAGAACUCGGAAUCCAGUUUGCCGGGCCAAGCGAAGAAUACGAACCAACAUUUUUUCCGCUUCCAACUUGCCGUUCGAGAACUUUAUCAAGACUUCGGGCGAUACUAUCUUCAGUUGAAACGAUUGGAAAAGCUGAAGAAGGGCGUACCGCUUCCGGUGGACGUGGCGAAGAAACCGAGUGAUUUGAGUGAAUUCUAUCGACUGUUCCGGUGUGCACUUCUGGCACAGCUUCCGAUCGAUUUUAACGAUCUGGUUUACGAGUUUUACAGCAUUGCAUUCAAGGUGUUUGCGCUGACCCAUUCUGAGGGUGAUGAUUCUAUGGAAGUACCGGACGCAUUUCAAUGCACUGCCUGUGGACUAGAAUCGAACCUAUGUCAGUGUCAGAGUUUGGCAAAUGCCUUUACAAGCACGAAUCAGUACCUCGCUGCGAUGGGAUUAUUGGAUAAGAUUGCUGGAUUCACUCUGACCACCUUGAUUCAGGAGAGGAUCGAUGCCAAAAUAGGGGAAACGAAGGAGAACUUUUCCGUGUCGCAUGUGGCAUCACUUGAGCGAUGGCUGAACACGAUAGUGUUGCAGUGGUUGACCAGGAUCUACAACCGAGGAUCGCUGACGAUUACGCCGGGGAAUAGUAAGAUUGAGGAGGCGAUCAGCAAUUUUCAGACGAAGUUGAGCUUCUAUUUGUACGAGAAUUAUGCGAAUACGAUCAUAGAUCAAUUUUUCGGGAUUAUCAUUGACUUUCCAAUGUCGCAGGCAGCAAUCGAUGAUCUGAAGAAGUGCUUGGAGAAAAUCGAUUUGAAGAGCCAUCUGGUGAAGACUGUGAAACUAACGUUGGAGAAUAAGUUACUGCACCCAGGAGUUGAUACGCCGGAUAUUUUGACCGGUUAUGUAGCUGCGAUCAAGUCAUUGCGGCAUCUGGAACAAACGGGGGUGUUGCUGCAGACGAUCACAGAACCGGUGAAAGAGUAUCUCAGAAGUAGACCGGAUACAGUUCGAUGCGUGGUCACUGGAUUGACGGAAGAAGGCUGUUCGGAUCUUUCGGAGGAGCUUGCGAAAAGUGAAAACGUGAAGACGAAGGAAAAUACCAACGAAAAGUUGGAGCUCACUGAUUGGGAAAAUUGGAACCCUGAUCCGGUGAAUGCGGAUGCCAUGAUGGCUAAGGAUGCUCGAUCCGGUAGACCUUCGGAUAUCAUUUCAAUGGUGGUGGAUAUUUACGGAAGCAAGGAACUGUUUGUGAACGAAUACCGUAAUCUGCUGGCGGAGAGAUUGCUGUCCCAAUUGGAUUCCAAUCCGGAAAAGGAGAUACGUAAUUUAGAAUUGCUUAAACUUCGAUUUGGCGAAACAAUGCUGCACAGUUGCGAGGUUAUGCUUAAGGAUAUCAACGAUUCUAAGCGGAUCAAUUCCCACAUACUAUCGGAAGAGUCAGGCUUCGUUCAGGAGCGACCUUUCGAGUUGACUGCUUUGGUCGUAUCUUCUCAGUUUUGGCCUACCUUUAAAAAGGAAACUAUGGAUUUGCCUCCAGCUAUCAAGGAUAUGUUUGACCAUUACAAAAAGGCUUUCGAAUCGUUUAAAGACAACCGUACUCUCCACUGGACUCCACUCAACGGAAAGGUCACCAUCGACCUUGAACUGGAUGGCAAAACGACCGAAAUGCAAGUGACUCCGGCUCAAGCAACCAUUGCGAUCCACUUCAGCGAGCAAAACGAGUGGGAACUGGAUAAGUUGGGUCAUAAAAUGAACAUGCCACCAUCGAUUCUGCGAAAACGUCUGGUAUUUUGGCAAUCUCAAGGUUUAAUUCGGGAAUCUAAAGAAAACUAUUUCGUACUGAAUGAUCGCAACAGCAAGACGGAAACAGCAGAAGAACUGCAAGCUCAACCACCGGAAAUGUGCGAAGACGAUGAGGCGGAAAGUGCUAUGGAGUCGGCUAGUGACCAACGUGAGGAGGAACUGCAGGUUUUUUGGUCGUACAUCGAAGCCAUGCUUACGAAUUUGGACUCGCUGCCACUGGAACGUAUCCACCAGAUGUUGAAGAUGUUUGCAUCACAAGUGGAAUUUACCGCAGAAGAAUUGAAGAAUAUCCUGCAAAGGAAGGUACGGGAACACAAACUUGUCUACGCUGGAGGAGUAUAUCAACUACCUAAAGUUUAGGAUUUCGAAGAUUUAUUCAACUGAUUGAAAUAUACGUCAAGAAGUUUUC